GAUGACAAGACACCUGCAACUUCAGCGAAACAGAAACUGUUGUUCAAGAGAAGAGGCGUGACGGAAUUGGAGGAUAAAAAGGAACAGGAGGACAAAACUCUUCCAGCUUCCAAAAUUCCCGAAGAAAGCGAGAAAGUAAAUGACACAAUUUCUGCAUCUCCUGGGAGCUCAAUUCAAACGGAACUCAUAGACGGUGUCAUUGAAGAAGUACCUACAGACUCUUCUAGAAGGUCAACUCCAGCUGUCGAUGGGAUAGAUGAGAAAAAGCCAACGAUUGUCAAGCAACCUCCGUUAAAUAGGAAGUCAACCGAAAAUACUGGAUCAGAAAAAGAGCGAAAAGAUACGGUUAUCAAGCCACGCAGAGAAUCUCAGGUUUUGGCCAUGAGAAAUCGCUUCCUCCAAAAUGACAAAGGAUUAGCAAGCGGAAUGCUUGAUUUUACAAACAAGAAAGCACCACCACCAAAGCCUCUACCAAAGCCGUUGAACAAAACAAAUGGAGUUUUACCUUCUGAAAUGAAGACUUCUCUUCCCAUCUCAGAAGAGAAUGAUGUUGGAAAAGAGAAAAAUGCUGUAGCAGAAGUGAACUCGGAAGCCGCUCCCGAAACACCUCCUAAGCGAAUUCCCAUCAAGAAAAUAGUGAAAAAGAGUCGUGAGUCGAAUCUACCGCAAGCGAAACCGGAAAGUGUGAAUUCUCUCAUGGAGGAAAAGAAGACCAAUGAUCCCAAGACAACCUCCAGGCUACCAAAAGUUGCUCCUGUUGUGCCACCCAAAAAGAGGAUUAGCUAA